AAAACCUCAAGGACCAUUAUGCUAAAUCUCUAUUCUGAUAUCAAAACCUCCUUGCUGCCUAACUAGGGUUUUGCAAUCACGUCUGAUUCCAUCCUCACUCUCACUCCACAGGUUUUUUGAUCGGAGGGUUCGAAAUGCAAUCGCUGUAUGGCAAAUUUCGGCUGGUUACGAAGCAAACCAUUAAUUCGCUGAAAAAUGUUGAGCUGAGCAAAGUCGCAUCUACUGAAUCGAGAUAUUUGGGAUGCUCGAUUAAUCGGUGCUCGGGGUUCAGUUCUGAGCGUGCUUCUUCAAGCGCAGCAUUUCUUUUGAAUAAUGAAUUUGGCACUAAAGUUGUCUCACCGGCAUCCUCUGAAAGUUGUAGUAUAGCUUCAAUGUUUCCAUCUAACAAAGGCCUCAUCUUCGGAAACCAGUCAGCUUCUGCGGUAUUCAAUUUGCCAACUAGGAAAUUUUCAACUUCAGGAUCUACUCCUGAGAAUGUUCCCGCUGCAUCUGAACUGCCUCCACGCAUAAAAUUUAAGAGGCUUGACAAAACUGCAAGGCAUAUAAUGCAGAUAAUUGAUAAAGAAGCAGUUGAGGAAGUAAAAUCAAACAGAGAGAUACCAGAGAUCAAGCCUGGUUACAUCAUCCAGCUGAAAGUGGUAGUACCUGAGAAUAAGCGGCGCGUUUCAGUUAUAAAAGGCAUCGUUAUAGCUAUGCGCAAUGCUGGUUUAAAUACUACUUUCAGGAUUAGAAGGCUCGUAGGAGGUGUUGGCAUUGAAAAUCUCUUCCCUCUGUACUCUCCAAACAUAAAGGAGAUAACAGUGUUGGACAAGAAGAGAGUGAGGAGGGCCAAGCUUUAUUAUCUUAGAGAUAAAAUGAAUCCACUUAGGAAGCAUUAAAUUCCUGCUUUGGCUAGUGGAUAGGGGAAAAGUGAUGACUAUGUGCUGGUGGUGGCCACACUUUUGAUCAGAAUGAUUUUAAAACUAAUAAAAAGUUAUGUAUACAUUUGGUUGCUGGUAGUCAACAAUGGGGAACCAAUGUUUAUGGAGAGAGUGAGAGAGAGGAAAAAGGAAGUGGAAGCUUAGCUAGCAAAAUGUUUUCAACAGUCCUGAUUCUAGACUCAGAAAGAUGAAGCUUAUGGAAUCAUCUACAACAUAAGUGCCACACUUGUGUAGUUGUCAUUCAUCAAAUAUGCUUCAAUCAUGCUUGAGCUGUCAUGUUUUCUUCUUUUUGUUCUAUUUAUGGAAAUGUUCCCA